GCGACCUCCCCGCCAGGCCAGGCGGUCCCUGCGCACGACGCGCCUGCGCGGGAGGCCCCCGGCCGGGGGCUGGCGUGGAGGCCGCAGGCGCCCGGCCUAGUGGGUGGGAGGAAGGGCCGGGAGUGGGCGCGAUGGGCGAGAGCGGGUGCGGACGCCUACGACAUCCCCGUCGCACCCGUGCCUCGGGGAGGACUUCGAGCCUCGAAGACUCGCACAUUUUUCCAGGGGCAUUGAUAUUUGUGACCACAAUGAAAAAUGUAGACAGUGAUGAUCUGGUAACUGGCACACUUCCCAAGCUCAAGAGCUCAAAAGAAUGGUUGGAGCCCAAGCCGCUUUGUUUUGUGGAGGUUUUAGCUAAAGAAGAUACUGAGGCAGCUAUUCAAUCAAUACUAUACAAAGAAAAUUCUGUAAUUAAGGAACUAGAUAAGUAUCUACAACAUCAUGCCUUCUUAAAUGCAAGAAGAAAGGAGAUGUUAUAUAAAAGAUGGGUUGACUGUGUGGCAGAUCCACUUCAGAAGAAAAUUAUAGAAAAGGUUUGCUCACAUAAGAAGAUUAAAAAAAGGAGGCAAGGGGAAUUAGAUGGCUUUUUAAAACAUGUAAAUAAAAAGGGAAAUGCAUUUAUAGAACAUUAUGAUCCAAAAGAGUAUGAUCCCUUUUAUAUGAGCAAGAAGGACCCCAAUUUUCUGAAGGUUACCAUCCCACCAUUUCAUGACCCUUUGAAAAAAGCACAAUAUGACAAGGAUAAUGAAAAAAGAACUCUUCUUCAGUGUGAGACAGGCAAAAUAUAUUCAAUAAAGGAAUUCAAAGAAGUUGAGAAGGUUCAGCUGCAUUCCAGAUUCCCACAAAUUUCUAAUUCAAGGCACUUUAUGACUCCAAACGAGUGGCUGAAACUGCCUACAAGAUACAUAGAAAGUGAAUUUUGUAAAAGGAGAAGGUUAAAGGUGAAAGUGAAUUUUAAUGACUGUAGUUUUGAUUUGAAACCCUUGGCAAGAGCUCCUUAUCUUUUGGAAUCCCAGGAAGAAGAAAAAACAGUUAUUUACAAAAACAAAGGGUCAUCCUUUCUAGAAAGAGAACCGCUGUGCUAUCAGGAGGGAAAUAAUCCAAGUGCCAAAGAGGCCAUCUCUGAAGGGUAUUUUUCUUCCUUGAGCCUCAGCCAGGAACGGGAGGAAGACCAGGAUGGGUCUCCCUCCCCGCGUUUGGGGCUGCUGAAGCUGGAGCUACAAGAAAGAAGAGGGAGGUUUCAGCAACCAAGGAGCACACACCCUGAUCCUUGAUUGGUGAAAGGAUACACAAAAUCAGGCUGCUUCAGAGGAAGUCAUCUGCUCACAGGAAUCAGGGUGAAGGCCAAGGACGGCACUCAAGAAUUGUCCUGUCUCUAAGAAAAAGCAUCUGCAACAAACUUCCUUUAAUUUUUGAGUUCAGUGUCUGUGAUAAUUAAGAAAUGGCAAUACCAUGUAUUUUCCCCAGAAGUUAAGAAAUAUUGCUGAACGAACCAAUAAAAAUAAUUACAGCUCCCUCA